AUGGAAGGAAAGACAGGUCAGGCGAAGGACUUGGCAUUUGCAAUCUCCGGCUCACCUCUGGAAGAAGAACUCCACAUUCUUUUGAUAUUCAUGAUUCUCAUCCUCUCGAUCGUCUGGUGUCAUUCUCUGAUCCGUUUCUCCCUGGCCGUCUUGCGCGGACCCGCUACAAAUCGCAUUCCCAGUCGCGCAGGCCCCAAUGGCUAUGCUCAACCGGAGCGGCCUAUCCCUGUUACUUUUAUUGCCGACGAAGAGAUGAUGACAGGGGGUAACGGCGAGGUUCGGGAAAAGGUUACGGCGCCUCCUCCGGCGUAUGGGCUAUGGAGAAGCACUGUGCGCAUCAAUCCUGAUCUACUCUACUGGCAACGUGUGGAUGAAAGUACAUCCCGCUCAGCUCCCCAUAGCAAUAGCAUCGGAGAAGAUUCGGGCAGCAAGCCUACAUCUCCACGCCCUCCCAGUUACACAUCUGACAAUGGGAUCGACUAUGCUGUUGAAGCACAGCCCAGGUCAUUCACGCGAUGGCCUGUUCCUGAAGAAUCAGGCCGCCGUUGA